GAGAGAGGCAAAGAUAUGAUCCCGCAUAGACAUCCGUGCCAUUGCCAGCCAGAUUCCUCUUGCUGGGACGAGUAUUUCUCUUUCACAUUUGAUCAUGCCUUGCAUUGCGCGGCGGUGUCAGACGAGGGGCGAGCGAUGUACAACGGCGGUCAGGCGAGCUUGACCUUCUGGAGCCCCAACGUGAACAUCUUCCGCGACCCGCGGUGGGGCCGCGGCCAGGAGACACCCGGCGAGGACCCCGCCGUCUCCGGCCGCUACGCCGCCGCCUAUGUCCGCGGCCUCCAGCAGCCCUACGGGGGCGCAGGUCGCCACGGCGGCCACACGCGUCUCAAGACCGCCGCCUGCUGCAAACACUUCACGGCCUACGACCUCGACAGCUGGUCCGGCACCGACCGCUUCGACUUCAACGCCAUCGUCACGCCGCAGGACCUCGAGGACACCUUCAACGUCCCCUUCCGCUCCUGUGUCGCCGACGGCCGCGCCGCCAGCGUCAUGUGCUCCUAUAACCAGGUCAACGGCGUGCCCACCUGCGCCGACGAGUCCUUCCUCCCCGGCACCAUCAGGGGCAACUGGCACCUCGAGGGGUACAUCGUCUCUGACUGCGACUCCGUCGACGUCUUCUACCGCGACCAGCACUACACCAGGACCCACGAGGACGCCGUCGCCGCCACGCUCCGGGCCGGCCUCGACCUCGACUGCGGCCCCUUCCUGGCCGUCUACACCGAGGGCGCCGUCGCGCAGCGGAAGGUGUCCGACGCCGACAUCGACGCCGCCGUCACCAACACCGUUAUCGUGCAGAUGCGCCUCGGGAUGUACGACGGCGAUCUGGCCACGCAGCCGUUCGGCCACCUCGGCCCGCAGCACGUGUGCACGCCCGCGCACCAAGAGCUGGCGCUGGAGGCGGCGAGGCAGAGCGUCGUGCUCCUCAAGAACGACGGCGCCGCGCUGCCGCUCUCACGAGCCGCGCACCACACAGUCGCCGUCGUCGGCCCGCACUCCCAGGCCACCGUGGCCAUGAUCGGGAACUACGCCGGUCAGCCGUGCCGGUACACCACGCCGCUGCAGGGCAUCGGCAGGUACGUGAAGACCACAUUACACCAGGCGGGCUGCACCGACGUGGCAUGCCAAGGCGGCAACCAGCCGAUCGCCGCUGCCGUCGACGCGGCCCGUCGUGCUGACGCCACCGUCGUCCUGCUCGGCCUCGAUCAGAAGGUCGAGGCCGAGGGCCUGGACCGGACAAGCCUGCUCCUUCCUGGUCGCCAGGCGGAGCUCGUCUCCGCUGUGGCGAAGGCCUCCAAAGGGCCGGUGAUCCUCGUCCUCAUGUCCGGCGGGCCCGUCGACAUUGCCUUCGCGCAGAACGACCGGAAGAUCGCUGGCAUCCUGUGGGCAGGGUACCCCGGCCAGGCCGGCGGGCAGGCGAUCGCCGAUGUAAUCUUCGGUCACCACAACCCAGGAGGGAAGCUGCCGGUGACAUGGUACCCACAGGAUUACCUGCAGAAGGCGCCGAUGACAAACAUGGCGAUGCGCGCCGACCCGGCGAGGGGGUACCCCGGACGGACGUAUCGGUUCUACACUGGCCCGACCAUCCACCCGUUCGGACACGGCCUCAGCUACACCAAGUUCACCCACACGCUCGCGCACGCGCCGGCGCAACUCACCGUCCAGCUUGCCGGUCACCACGCCGCCGCCGCCUCCUCCCUCAACACGACGAAGCAUCUUGGCCAUGCCGCCGCCGAUGUGCGUGUCUCGCACGCGCGGUGCGAGGGCCUGAGCAUCCCGGUCCACGUGGUCGUGAAGAACGUCGGAGACCGAGGCGCGCAUACGGUGCUCGUGUACGCGUCCCCUCCGGCUGCGGCCGCCGCGGCCCACGGCGCGCCCGCUCGUCAGCUGGUUGUGUUCGAGAAGGUGCACGUGGACGGGGUCCGAAGGAUCCCCGUGGGCGAGCACAUGCUGACGAUCGGCGAGCUAACCCACCUGGUCACGCUGGGGGUCGAACAACUAGCAGUGUAGUGGCUAAGGAUUCGGACAAUAGCCAUGGAUGUCAACAGCAAGUGUUGGAUAGUUUGGAAUUGGAUUUUCAUGGUGCCAGACACUGUCUCCGCAAAGGUGGAGAGAGGAAUUAGAACUGCACCUGAUUACUAAAAUUGUUCUACGCACUGCAAACGAUUAUGAAACUGGAAGCAAUACAAAGAAUCAUUGUUUCUA